AUCAGCUUACGAAAUUAGUACUGUAAAAGCCAUGCAGACCAGUGAGAUGGCUGAACUUCAUUAUCUGGUUCCACCUGAUCCAAUUACAGUGCUUCCUUCUCAGUUUUCUUAUUCUCAGAAUAACACACCAACAUUUGAUCAGUUCAGCAGAUUUUCCAACCCUUUGUUAUACGAUCUUCAAAUAAACCCUCAGCUUCAGAAUUUCAAUCCACAACCGACAAGUUUCAGCAGCAACUCAACUUCUGAUGAAGCAGAUGAAAAACAGCUGUGUCUUAUCAAUGAGAGGAAGCAGAGGAGAAUGAUAUCUAACAGAGAGUCUGCCCGCAGAUCAAGAAUGCGCAAGCAGAAGCAGCUGGAUGAACUUUGGUCACAGGUAGUUUGGCUCAGAAAUGAGAACCAACAUCUCAUUGACAAACUAAACAAAUUUUCUGAGCAACAUGAGCAGGCCCUUCAAGAAAAUGCCCAACUUAAAGAUGAGACAUCUCAACUUCGUCAAAUGCUUAGCGAUAUGCAGCUUUAGUAUAUAGUUCCUACCGUACUUUGAGAGACCUGAACUAUAUCCAAAUUAGGCAAUUUACCAUAAGUUCUUUGAACUUGCGAGCCUUCUGAUAGUUUAGUUCCUAUGUAUGUCGAGUCGAGCAGGAUUUCCUUCACUUGAGCUUUAUGACAUCCUAUAGUACUGCAAUAAGACCAAUGUUUUUGUUUGUCAGUGUUAUGUUCUCAAAUAUCUAAGCACAAUUUAU